UUUGGUGGCACAAAAAUGAGUGAUUUAUCAAGUUUAACGUUUGAAGAAUUAUUAAAAUUAAAAGAAGAUGUUUAUAACAAGACUGUUUUAUACAGGAAACAAAGUGCCAAAACUGUUCAUAAACGGGAAAACAAAAAUAGGCCCCGCGAGGUAAGCUCGAAAAUUAAACCCAAACAAAUACAAACAACAAAAGUGGAAAAACAUGUAGCGAGAGAUCCACGAUUUGAUCCACUUUGUGGUGAAUUUGACGUGAAGAGUUUCGAGGAAAAUUACAAAUUUAUAGACAAAAUGCGGAUUAAAGAGAAAGCGAAACUGGAGGAAGAACUGAAAGCCGUUAAUGAUUUACAUAAAAAGAAACAGAUAAAACAGUUAAUACAAAGAAUGGAUAAUAAAAUUAGGGAAAAGGAAAAAUUGAAAAAGCAACGUCUGAAGAAUCAUCUGGAACGAAAAGAAAUUAAAAACAAGUUGAAAAGUGGUGAAAAUCCAGUUUACAAAAAGAAAUCUGUGAAAAAAAUGGAAACAUUAAUUGAAAAAUACGAGGAGUUGAAGAAACAAAAUAAAUUACAGAAACAUAUUGAAAAACGAGAGAAAAAGUUGAAACGAAAACGAGAACUUGUUAACUGAUAGAAACUUAUAAUAAUAAAAUUUUAUAAGUA